GUUUUUCCCCAGCAUCCUCUUGAGCGGAGAAUUUAAAAAUGGUGGCGAGGCGACAGGUGCGCUUUUUGUAAACACUGGGAUUGUCAAAGUGUUUGUAGUGAUCACAAGUGUCCAAAAAUCUGGUCAGACAUGGAGGAUAAAGAGAAUGAUGCUGACUUUGAUGAGUUGUUCCAAAAAGUUGGCGAAAAACUUGGACUGCUGAAGCUUGAUAAUCUAGAUGUAGCCAUUGAGGAGUUGGAACAAAAGGUGAAAUCAAAGAAAAAAGUAAAAGCUUCUACAAAGAAAACAAGAAAGAGUAAGAAAUCUGGAAGCGCUAGCACUGAAAUAGCCAGUCAGAGCUCUGCCAACCAUUCAUCUAAUUCAGAAGCCCCUCCCAAUAGGGACAAAGAACUAAAUGGGGACAAGAACAGAAAUCCUAAGAAGACUUCGUGUAAGGCCAAAAAAGACCUCAGAGGGGAAAAUGAAAAUGUUUUAUCUGAGAAAGAGGAAAAAUACCAAGACAUAUCUCCAGUAGACCAUUACAUAAGAGUGAAUGACAAGUUAAAAAGUAGUGUAAAGAGCACAAGGGCAAAAUUUGAUGUGCAAGAAACAAGACCAUUUCUUGUCAGUUCUUUUCAGGAUGCUAGUGAUGAAUGUAUUCCAGCAUCUUUUGAUCCCAAAGUAGAAAUUUCCUCAAAAUGUGUGGAAGAUAGCAUAAGCUCAGAAACUGGAUGCUCCAAAUCUGAUGUCAGUAACAAGAGCAAUCAUUCCUCAAUGAACAGCGAAACUGAAAGUACCACGCAGAAAUUAUGGAUUAAAUCUGAAGAAACUUCUCUGACCUCAGAUGGUGAAAGCUUUGGACCAGAUAUCAGUGAUAAGAACAUUCAAGCAUCCUUAAAUUCUGAAGUUGAAAGUUGUACAACCGACCAUAGUAACAACACUGAUCAAAAUGUUUUGAACUCUGAAAGUGAAACUUCUGCACAUUGUGACAUUGCCAGUAACAGUGCCAUCCAAGCACCCCAGGAUAGUGAAGAAAAUGACCUCCAUUGGUCAAGUGAAACUAAAGGCCAGAACAGUAAGACUGGAAGUUCUCUGUGUGAUACUAGCAAUAAGAACAUACAGGCAUCUUUGACCUCUGAAGGUCACAGCUGUACACACGAUUCCAGCAACAGCUGUGAUGGAUUGUCUUUGAAUGCUGAAGAUGAAAAAAUUAGCGUCAGUAAUGUUGUUGGAAAAGAAGAACCUCUUGUUUCUGGUUUAAAUGAUGAUCUAAGUAGUCACAAUGAUAAAAAUAGCUCUGAGUCUUCAAUUUCAGCACAGGAAUUAUCUAUAGAAGACAAAAGUCUACAGGUGUCUUUGAACUCAACACAGAGUGAUCUCAGUGAAAAACAGGAAACUGAAAUGGCAGAUGGCGAUCUGCCUGCAUCCGUCCAUUCAGAGCUUGGAUUUGUAACUGCUGAUUCACUAACAUCAGCAGAUUCUGUUGGAAAUGAGAGCAAGCAGAAACAGGUUUCUGUAGAAGAUGAAGCACCUUCUGAACUUUGUGCAGCCAAGACCCCACUGUCUGCCAUAACUGAAAUCACUUCAAUUGAUAAUCAAAAUUCUUCAACUAACGGUGAGAAAUGUCAGGCCCUAUAUGACUCCAUUAUACCCACAGAUUUGUCAGAGACCCCUGAACUUGUAGCCAGUGGAUCCUCUUCUAAUGAGAGCUUUGAUAAUUCAGAACCAGUAGAUCCAAAUGUUAAGCUUUCUUCCACUGUCAGAGACUCUACGUCCAGUGUGGAAGGGUCAUUAAACUUGAGCCCUAUUGACCAUCAAUCAGAUGACCAGUCUGGGAAUUGUAAAGAUGAAAAAGAUCAAGCACAGGGGGAAAGUCUGGAUGACAUGUUCAGUCAGAUGGCUUCCAAGUUGGGCUGGUUAGCUGAUGGAGAUUUAGACUCUGCAAUACAAGAGCUUGAAGCAAAAGUAAGAGGUAAAAAAUGCAGCAAGUUAACAACAAAGAAAAAAGGAAACAAAAGCAAAUCAAAAAGUACUAGUUUGAAGGAGUCCAUGAACUCAGCCAAUCAGGACACCACUUCACAGUCAUGUGACUUCAAAGCUCCUUCCACUGUGCAGGAUAAAAGAUCAAAGAAAUCCAAAAAGGCCACCUCUGCAAAGACUACAGGGAAAGUGCACAAGCUAAGAAAAAGAACAAAGAAGGAAGAAGAACACUCUGAGUUGCCUUUGGCAUGUCAACUUUUUCCACAAUCCAAGAAAAUUGCUGUUGAUGAUGAAGAGGAUGUCAAGAUGGAGUUGGAUUCCACAGAAAAUGGACCCCAUGCUUCAGAGAGUCAAGGAAAUAGAGCCACUUUGGAAUCAACUUGCAAAACAGACAAAAGCCUCCAGGUGUCCUUGUGCUCUGAAAAUGAAAGAGGAAAUUCUUCAGAGGAUUCCAGUAUCAAUUGUAUACCAGAUACCCUACAGCCUAAAAAUGACAGAGCUAGAUCUGUUCAGGACCAAAGUGAAGACUUUAUACCAGAUUCCUUGGCCCCUAAAGAAGAGGGUACAACCUCCCUCCUGAGUACCAGUAAAGAGAUGGUACCUGACACCUUACAGUCAAAGAAUGGGAGUUUCACCAUACCAGGUGAUUCCAGUGCCAAGUUUGUCCAAGAUUCCUUCUGCUCAGAAGACGUGGAUUCUUCUAAAAUCAAUAAUGACAUGGGUGUUCAAGAAUCACUUGACUUAGAGCAUAUCAUUUCCUCAGAUGAUGGAAACCAGAAAUAUAAACUAGAUUUGAACAGGUAUAACCCAAAUGAAAGUUCCCACCAUGACAGUGACACCCAAGAUGCUGGCAAAAUUCCUGAAUCAUCCACAAAAUCAAGUGAUAAACUCGACUUUAAUGGAGUGGACAUGGGGCAACACCUUGCCUCACACUUUAAUCGCAGAAAGCCUCGCGUAUCAGUGUACCAUGAUGCCCUGGAUGUGGUCCCACCAACGUACAGUUCAGAGGCAAGUAGCAAUGAGGAGAACACAUUUCAGGAUGCCUUUGACACUGUGACAGGGGACCCAGAAAAAGGGCAUGGUGACAGUGAGACAAAUGGCAUGAAACAAGAGAAUGACAACUGUGUAACAGAUGACAAGGGACUCGAUAAUGAAAAUAGUGUGACAGAUGACAAGGAAUGGGAGAAUGACGAUAAAGGCAGUAGAAACACAAUUCUGGAGAUUUCUCCAAAUGAAUUUGUAGGAUCUACAUCUGGGAAAGCAGUGAAAUUGGACCUAAAUCGGCUAAAAGGUGGUCAACAGAAAAGAAAUCUGGGUCAUGUAUCCGAUGUUUCAAGUGACAAUUCCAGCCCAUGUGAAAAGUCUGUGUCGUCCAUAAGUGACAGUUUUGAGAAUUUGAAAAUACCAAAGAGAGAUAAAGAGAAGGUUAGACCCCAUGAAGCAUUAAACCCUCAUUUGAAGAAGAAGCAAUCCAAAUAUAACAAGAUUUCCGAUGAUAGCGACACUGGAAUGGUGCUUACUGAUGACGAAAGUGACAACAAUUUAGAUGAUGUUAGUAGUGGUGUGGAUAGAAUCAGUGGACUUGAUAAUAAUGAAAAUAAUGUUGACGGUGAACAGAAUGAAUUUCAAGAUGCAGUUCAUAUGGACAGCCGGAAAGAGGAGUUGAAACAUGUUGAAGAAAAAGCAUCAUCUAAGGCUGAUGAUUUAAGUGAUCUCUCAGAGUCUGACCUCUCCUCAGUUUCUCUUCAAGAACCAACUACCAACAAGAUCACCUCUGUUACUCAAAAUUCUACUCAAGAUACCCCAAAGUGUGCAGUAAGGGCAAGGAGAUCCAGGACUGUACAUCAUGACAGUGCCUCCAGUGAUGAUGAAGCAUUAGAAUCAUUCUUUUCAAAGAUGAAAACCCCAGUUAAGCCAAAACAUGUAUCUCAGGCUAGUUUGGAAGAGUUUAUCAUCUCAGAUUCAGACAUGAGUAGGGACUCUGAUGAUAGCACUUUCUACAAUUACACUGACAGCUUGCUGAAUCGUAUCACCAGCAGAAGCACUGGGAAAGGAAAGAGGAAGACAACAUCAAAGGUUUCUGAAGACCUGGAGGUUUUCAAGACUCCAUUAUCAGAUGUUACCUCUGGCAUUCAGAAUAAAUCCUCUCCACAAUCAGAGGGAUCUGAGGAUGUUUUCAAAACUCCCAGUGUGAUACCGAGAAAGCCCAAAAUUUUAGCAAAGACAAGCUUCAUUCCAAGAACCCUACAACAGUCAACAGAAGCCAAGAUCAGGCCACAGUCCACUGAUGGUCAGCCGAGACACCUGAGCUUCCUAAAGUCUCUGUCACCAGAUGUCGCUGAACACAAGAGGGACCCUGAAGCCAGGAAGUUUGUUAGUAAUUUCCAGCUGCAAAAGAAGUCUCUCACCACCAUGUUAUACAAGCUGUAUAACAGUACAGUGUUUGAAGAUAAGAACUGA